AUAUUCAAAGACAAAAGUGACGACACUGAGAUCCCGAGCCGCUUGUCGAUCUGCCGAUCCUCUGCCACGCGUGCUCUUCGGAACCGUGGGACCCCCGGACCUCCGCAAUCCUUCAACCCUCAAACCUCACCACUCUACCACCCUAUCUUAGGUGCAAAGCCUAGUGUUCCAGCACCCAACAUGGGGUCAACAAGUGUCUUUGCUAAGACAAUCCUCAUCCCAGCCGCAAUCGCACUAUCAAUUUAUAUCCUCGCCUCCUGCGUGAUAAUCCCCUUCUUCCGCCGUUAUCAUCAGCGCUACUCGCAAUACCUCCCGCUACACAGUAUAUCCGCACACACACUAUCCCUACGUGACCGCAUAGCCGAUAAAGUAAUGCACUUCUUCCUUCCCUCUCGAUGGCGAUGGGGGGCACACAUAGCCGACCAUGAUACGGAGAGUAUUGACGACGAGGAAGGGGAGGCCUUGGUCGGGAUGGAUAUGGAUUCUGUGAGGCGAGGUACACUGGAACAACAGAGACGUGAUAACCUGGCUGAUACCGAGAGUCGGUUAAGUCGGGAUUUGGAAGAGGGGUUUAUGGAUGAUAGUGAUUCGGAUUCAGAGGGGAGUGAGCGGAGUGGACAUGGACGGGGAGGGAGGCUUUGA